UAGAAGCUGGGUUACGGGAAGGAGGGACCUCCUUAUACAGGCAGAGGCUUUGAGUGGACGGUUAGGUGUUCAUUUUGAACAGAGCGAGCUUGGAUUGUAACAAAUCACAAACAAACUGUGGACUAGACCUUUGCAGAAUGAGAAACAUCAUGGACUUGACCUUUGGUUUCUUUUCACGCGAAUCCAGCAAGAUGACAUCUGAAGCUGAGAUGGAGGUUGAGGAGGGCUACAUAUCCCCCCCGCCCACCCUCCCUUCCAUCCGGCAUUCCAUCCACUUGGGUGUCCAGGCGGGGAGUAUGAUGAGGGGGAGCGACGUCUUCUCGACCAGCAGGGGCACGGUGAGGGAGAGGGGCCGUAAGCGCAGCUGGCUACUCUCUAGCAUCAUCACGGUCAACGUCCUGAUCCUAGGUAUUGCUCUGGUCAGUGGCAGUGUCUUCAACAACGUUAAGAUCAACGCCAUCAACCUGCAGAUCUUCCUCAUCGUCCUCGUCAUCCUCACCACUGCCUGGAUGCUGUACUACACCAUCUACACAUCCAGGGAAGAUCAUGCCGUGCUCUACAAGGAUAGCUAUGCCGGGCCUGUGUGGCUCAGGGGUGGACUGGUGCUGUUUGGCUUAUGCAGUCUGAUUAUGGACGUGUUUAAGAUUGCUAACUACGUAGGCUACCUGCACUGUGACUCUGCUGUGAAGAUAGCGUUCCCUGUCGUACAAGCUGUAUUCAUACUUGUCCAGACAUACUUCCUCUGGCUCCACGCUAAAGACUGUGUACAGCUACAACGGAACAUAACUCGCUGUGGGCUGAUGUUGACUCUGUCUACCAAUCUGAUGUUGUGGAUGGCAGCGGUCACAGAGGAGUCCAUACACCAGACUGUUGUUCUACCAGAGGACGGCAACAGCACACAUUCCUAUGACAUCAGAGCCCCUGGUGGAUCCAGCAGCUGUAACUGCAGCCACUCUGCCUGUGCCGUCUUAGAAAAGGCCUAUUACUACCUGUACCCCUUCAACAUCGAGUACAGCCUGUUUGCCUCGGCCAUGGCCUACGUCAUGUGGAAGAACGUGGGCCGCCUGGUAGACGAGCACAACCACCACGCGCUCCAUUUCCGCCUGAAGGACGUGCUGGUGGGGCCUGCGGUCGGGCUGGUCAUGCUGGUGGCGGGCCUGGGAACCUUUGUUAUCUACAAGGUGGACGUGGAGUCGGGGGACCCGGGGAAACGUGACACGGCGCUGAUGAUACACUACGUGAUGAACACGGUGGCUGUGACGCUCAUGUCCGUCUCGACCGUGGCUGGUUGCGCCAUCUACCGGCUGGACCAGAGGGACCACGUGUCGGGGAAGAACCCCACACGGAGCCUGGAUGUAGGCUUGCUGAUCGGCGCCUCAUUCGGACAGUUCACCAUCUGUUAUUUCACCAUCGUGGCUGUGGUGGCAACGGGGGCCGAGGGCCACCUCAACGCUCUCAACCUGGCUGUCUCCCUGCUCACUGUGAUCCAGCUCUGCCUGCAGAACAUCUUCAUCAUCGAGGGCCUGCAUCGUGAGCCCUUCCACGAAGACAUCCACCGGGCCUCUGUAUUCACAAAUCCAUACGUCCUUCAAGCCCAAGCCCAUAGAGACAUACACAACCUCCCAGGGACAUUCAUGGAGACCAAGACGUCCCCGGCCUUCACAGUUCACAGUAUGCAUGUUGCUCCUUCUGCUCCUUCUAGCUCCCCCCUACCUCAGCGCCAUAGGCUGACCUGGAAGAGGAGGGCCCUGAAGGAGAUCUGUGCAUUUCUGCUGCUCUGCAACAUCCUUCUCUGGAUCAUGCCGGCGUUUGGCGCCCGCCCCCAGUUUGACAACACGAUUGGAGCAGAGUUUUACGAGUUCACCAUGUGGGCGGCUGUUGUGAAUAUCGGACUCCCCUUCGGAAUCUUUUACCGUAUGCACUCAGUCGCCAGCCUCUUUGAGGUCUUCUUAACCUCAUAAGCUGGAAAAUGACAGAAACCAUUCUGAACUAUUUUUUGUAUAAUAUUUUUUAUUAAAUAUUAUAACAUGUUUUAUUUUAUACCCACAAGAAAUACAAAUGUAUACAUAUGAACAACCAUUUACAGCCGCACAGAAACAACAACUACGUCUCAUCUGCCCAGACCUGCAUGCUCACAUGCCCAUCCCUAGAACAACAACUGUCUCACCUGCCCAGACAUGCAUGCUCACAUGCCCAUCCCUAGAACAACAACUAUGUCUCAACUGCCCAGACAUGCAUGCGCACAUGCCCAUCCCUAGAACAACUACUAUGUCUCAUCUGCCCAGACCUGCAUGCUCACAUGCCCAUCCCUAGUGCCUGAAUUAUUGCCACUUGGCCUUAAAUUGUACCAAUUUGUUUUUCUCAGUGGCCCAUGCUAUUUCAACAUUUCAAUAAUAAAUCAUUCUAUUUUUCCAUUGUGUUAGUGAUGGUGGAUUGAUUUCUAUGUUUUUUGUAUACAUAUUUUCAAGAUGAGUGAUGAGAAGAGAAUCUUGCAGCCCAUUGGGUAUCUCACUACCCCCCCCAUAUGCCAUGUCUUGAAAUGUCCAGACAGACAGAUUAAAAGUAAGUUUACAUUGUAAUACUUCUGACAGCCAAUUUUCUAGCUCCGCCCACAACUUUUGGACUUUAUAACAUUCCCAGAAAGCAUGGAUUAUUGAGUCAUUGUUAGUUUUACACUUAAGACAUGACUCUGCCCAUGUGCUGAAGAAUAUGUGAAUUCUGUCUCUUGUAUCAAAAAUAUCUAUGCGUUAAUUUAUACUGGAUUAAGCAUAAUUUCGUUAGUUAUGUUCCAACUUUCCCUCCUUGUGUCAACGUCAAUUCUUUUUAAUUAUUGGUUCCUAGAGCUUAUAUAAUUUUUCUAGGAGAUAGUCAGUUGGAUAGGCUCUCUGCAAGGUUUUCUUCCCUAUCAUAUGAACAUUAUUAUUACAUUUUUUAAUUUUUAAAGGUUGCUCUGAUGUCCAAACGAUUUCAAAUUGCAUUUUUUUUUUACAAAUAACUUCUAAAUUGCAUGUAUUUCAAAACAUCUACAUUGGUUAGUCCAAACUUACUUUUUAAUGAUGUCAUUUAUUUCCUGUUACCAAGUCAUUUACAGUUUCUAUGCCUUUAGUUUUCCAUGUGGACCAAUUUAUCGGUGAAUUCUGAAAAGCUAUCCAAGAAUUGUUCCAUAAGGUUGUGUUUUUAGGGUGUGAUGUUGGUUCUUGUAGAAUAC